AUGCUCUCUGAGAAGGCGCCGCAACAUCAUAUCAAGCACAAUCAUCUCGUGGUUUUGGGCUUCUUUUCGGCUUUCAUUGGUGUCUUUUUGUUUGCCAAUGGUUUUCUAUUAACUCGAUCGGAACUGACGAACAUCACAAAUACCUCGAGCCUUCAACCUUCCGACUUUCAGCAAGUCAUUCUCAUCCUGGUGGACGGCCUCUACACCGGUCUUCUGCCUCUCACCAAUGAAAGCGAAAAAAUGCCCUUUUUCAAGAAUCUUAUCCAUCAGCAGGGCUUUCCAAGGAACCAUUUUCUUGCCCAUUUUAUUGCCGAUCCCCCCACCACAACACUGCAAAGGCUCAAAGCCCUCCUUACCGGUAGCAUGCCCACAUUCAUUGACGCUGGAAGCAAUUUCGGUGGAACUGAACUGCAAGAAGAUAAUAUCCUAAAGCAGUGGGCUCUAGCUGGGAAGAAUAUUUGCUUCGUCGGUGACCAGGUUUGGACGGAGUUGGUGUCUGACGUUUUUUUGGAGAGCUUUCCUUUACCCGCUUUCAAUAUUAAGGACCUCGACACAGUGGAUACGGCGGUCAAGGAUUAUGUUCUUCGCGAGGUCGGCAGCGGCAAAUGCGACGUUCUGAUUGGUCACAUGUUGGGCAUUGACCACUGUGGACACACUUUUGGCCGAUCACACCCCGAAAUGGACCGCAAACUCCUUGAAUUGGAUGGCUUUUUAAAACGCCUCAUUGCCCACCUGACGCCAUCAAGCCUGCUUGUCGUCUUCGGGGAUCACGGAAUGACGGCGUCUGGCGACCACGGAGGCGACUCCGACGCGGAAGUCGAUGCUGCGCUGUUCGUCUACACACCCCGUGGCUUUCCGCGUGUCCGCGACGCCAGCAUCGACGAUGGCUCGCCUCUUCCCAGCAUCGAACAGGUGGAUCUGGUACCGACUCUGGCCAGCCUAACGGGUGUUUCGAUUCCCUUCUCAAAUCUGGGCGUUGUCGCCACAACCCUGCUCAACUCUAGCCACCUCCUCAGUGCUGUGAAUGCGAAUUUUAGACAGGUGGUCACCUACGCGAAGGAAUAUCACGACCGCUUCGGCACCAUCUCCACCCCCGAGGCGAUGGUGUCGCGACUGGCGCACAACUCCACCACGCCGUGUCCUGCCGCGUCCAUCGACGAGUGCCUGCUAGCGAUGCGCAGUCUCCGGGCGAGUUUCCGAACCCACUGGACCCGAAUGGACGUGCCACGCAUGGCCCUCGGGCUCCUCUUCACCCUCCACGCGCUCCUCGCUUUCGUGGCCUACGACAACAACCUCCCGGUGCCCGGGCCAGUCUGGUGUGUGGCCGCCACGCUAGCAGCAGCCUCCCUCGUCGCCCUCACUCCACUGGGGUCGUUUCUGCUGGCGCUCCUCCCCUCGUACCGAUUGGCUGCCGUGUGGCUCUCAAGCAAAGACCUCUCUCCCAGCCGCGGAACUCUACUCACUGGAACACUGCUUGUAGUUCUGGCCUUGACUUCCUGCUCGAAUAGCUUUGUUGUUCAGGAGGCGCGGGUGUUGGGAUUUGUCCUCCAGACUCUACUGCUGGCCGCUUCUCUUUUCGCGACGACGGAGCAACUUCGGGAGAGUCUGAUGGGUGUGGUGGGACUCCCAGACCAGCAACCUCGUUAG